UUAGCAACUUGCAUUCCAGAUAUUCAGGGGCAAAAUUCAGACAGCUCCCGAUUUACUCCAGUUAGGUGAGUAUACUAUAUCAUUUCCAACAGCUUCAUCUCAUGGCAUGAUCAAUCAAGAUGUCAAUAGGAGAUGGACGCAAAAUGAGCUUUUAGGAAUCAAACUGAAUUGGUGGACAACUACUCAAGGAAUUGGCUACAACUCUAUACAAGCAUGCCAAAAGAAAAGGAAGGUCAGUACAGGAAGGACUAGCUAAUGACCAAUGAAUAGAGAAUAUCAGACACAACCUCACAGUUUAGCUAGUCAAGGAGUACUUUGAGGUAUUCUACCAAGUAUGGAGCAACGACAUCACCCUCACGGAAGGUGCCGACGAUACCAUAACUUCAAGAUGGAUGAGCAAUGGAAAACACAGUGUGAGGUCAACCUAUAUAGCACAAUUCAACGGAAGGAUAAACUCAACUGCAGCAAAAAUAAUUUGGAAACAAUGGGCACCCUCCAAAUGCAAACACUUUGCCUAGCUAUUGCUGCAAAAUAGGAUUUGGACAACAGAUCAGCUAUAGAUCAGAUAAUGGCCAAACAACUAUUUCUAUCAACUAUAUUAUAGGAAUUUAGAAACAGCUCAACAUCUCUUCAAAGAUUGUCCUUUGACAGAUUUGGGAGAGGGUCCUAAGUAGGCUGAACUGCAAUGAAAUUGACAUGACACAUGAUGAAAAUGAGCCGCUGUUGGACUGGUGGAUUAAGAGAACAUCUCAAGGUGGGAAAGACAAAGCCAAAGAAAACAAAUCAGUCCACAUGCGGGUAGCAUGGGAAAUACGGUGUGAGUGGAAUAGACGUGUGUUUCGAAAUCAAGAAAAAACUCUGAUGCAGCUGCUGGAUAAGAUACGCUGCUGGACAAGAUACAAGAUAAAAUCAAGUUAUUGAGAAUAUGUGGAGCAAAAAACAUCUCGAGAUUAUCCGCCUAAGACUCAGUUUUUCUUCUUUUCCCUGUCUUCCUUUUCUCUGUUUUUCCCCAUCACCAUUGGUGAUCAUGUAAAUACUUUUUUUCCUACUUAAUAUAACACCAGCUUUGCUGGCUUCAGUUUCAAAAAAAACCGGCAGCAUCCAUCUCAGGUAAAACAGCUCAUCAAAUUUAGUAUUAUAAAGUUAAACCUCCAUCUGAAGCUGAAAAAACCACCUGGAAUUACCUACAGCCUUGCUAAAGAUUUUUUUUCUACGAAUAUAUAGAACAAUGAGGCUGCAAUUAGAGCACUAAACACAUGUCACAAAACCUCCUGUUUGUUUAUGGUUUCCCUAAAUUUGCAAACGCCAUAUGAACAUUCGUUCAUGCAUGCGUGCAUGCAGCAUAUAUUUUCCCAUGCAAUCCUCUCUUGUGUCUCCUACAUUCUCUCCUCGCCGUCGUCUCCUCCUCCUCCUCCUCCUCCACAUCGCCGGCCGGCCGCCGCCAUGGGUUGCGGUGGCUCCAAAGAAGCUGUGGCCACCGGCAACACCGUCGGCUCCACCGGCGGCAGAUCCAGCCGCCGCCUCUUCCGGCGGAAGUCCAGCGUCGUCGCCGCCGCCAACGCCGCCCCGUCUCACGCGCCGCCGCCGCCGUCCGACGAGAGCUCGGCCGCCGCCGUUGUCAAGGAAAGCAGUGUCAACGAAGAGGUCAAGGGGAAGGGCAAGGCGACGCCGAAAGAGAAGGCCAUUGAUGAGGAGAAGAAGGAUGUCGAGGAGAGCACCACGGCGGCCGCCGCCGAUGAGGUCGUCGUCAAGGACACCGGCGUAGUGAUCGUCGAGAAGACGACGACGGCGGCGGCGGCCAAGGCGACGCCGGCGGCCGUGAAGAAGAUCGUCGAGGAGAAGAAAAAGGAGGAGGCCAAGAACAAACAAGAAGCUGUCACCGAUGAUAAGAAGAAGGAGAAGGUGAUUCCGACCAAGGUCGCCAUUGAUGAGAAGAAAGAGGAUGUAGUAGUGCCAAUGAAGGAGGAGUUCGUCAAGGAGAAGGAGAAGAUCACUGACGCCAAGAACGACGUCGCAUCAACCGAGAAUGUCGCCGCCGUCGAUGAGAAAAUUAAAGCAGAGGAGGACAAGAACAAGAACAAGAACGACGACGAGGUUGUUGCCACGGCAACAAUGGAGGCAGCCGUCGAGGAGGAAGACGACGACGAGGCGGCAUUAGCCGAGGACGACGACGACGACGACGACGACGAGCAGCCCAACGACGACGAAAGCAUCACCUUCGCGGUUGCCCCCGUCGCCGAGGACGACGAAGGCAGCGUCACCUUCCCCGGCGCCCGUGCCCGGCCGGUCGUCGCCAACGCCGACGAGGUUCAUCAGGAGGAUGACGUCACUAGUGUCACCUCGCCGACGACUGCCCCGGCCACCCUGGAGAAUGACACCAGUAGUAGCGCCGCCGCCGCCUUCCCGGCCGCUGUCCCGGCGCCGGUGGCCGGCGAGGAGGUAGCACAACUAGAGCAACCUAGCUCUUCUAAGUCCAACAAUGGCGAAAUGGAGGCGGUGGCCGGAGUUGAUCAGGCAGAAGAUGCCAAGAAGGAGACAAGCAACAUUGAGGCGAUCAAUGUCGAACAGGAGGAGAUCAAGGUCGAGGAGGAGGAGGAGAAGAUCAUCGUCUCACAGGAGACAGAGGAGGAGGAGGAGAAAUCCGCUGUCAUUUCGAGAGAUGAGAUCACCAAGGUCGAAGUCGAACGCGAGGAGAUCAAGGUCGAACACGAGGAGAUCAUCGUCUCCCAGGAGACAGAGGAGGAGAAAUCCAUUGCCGUUUCGAAAGAUGACGAUGACGUUCCCAUUCCAUGUGCAGGGCAAUCAGAUGGGAAACAAACAAUUGAAUUGAAGGAGGCCAUGACAGCAACAAAAACGGAUGAAAAAGGAGAGGAGCAGGUCGCUAAGGAUAAAAAGGAUGACGAACAAGAACAACAAGCCACCGCCGCUCCAAUUGAGUCGCCGAAACAAGAACAACAAGCCACCGCCGAUCCAAUUGAAGCACCGCUGAAUUGAAAUUUGAAAAUGAGACGCAUCGUACCAAACAAAAUGCAUUGCUGCAUGCCUCCACGAAAUGUCCAAAUUUUCUCCCUUCAGUUUAUUAGCAAGAAACUGUACAUGAUGCUUAUCUGUUCUUGUUGGUUAAAUACUUCAUCUUCAACUGAGAUGAUGACUGCUAGUUUGUGCAAUUUCGAGUAUUUAA